GGCAGGGGAAGGAAAAUGAAAACGGCCAUGUCGUGGUAGAGAUCAGUUGCGAGCGGGCGAGUGAGAUUCAUAGUGUCGUUGACGAUAUAUGUUAUGUAGUCUGAGAACUGCAGGUCUGAAAAUAACGCAUCCGACGUCUCGUGUGACACAAAACGUUUUCUUUGGAAGUACGUGUGUAAAUAAAGUUAAAGGACGAAGAUGAGCGGAGGAGGGACACCGUACCUCGGCAGCAAAAUUAGCCUCAUCUCCAAGGCCGAGAUCCGCUAUGAAGGAAUUUUGUACACGAUUGACACAGAAAACUCGACUGUAGCUCUCGCUAAAGUGCGCUCCUUUGGCACUGAGGAUCGGCCCACUGACAGGCCUAUUCCUCCUCGGGAUGAGGUCUUUGAGUACAUCAUCUUCCGAGGAAGUGAUAUUAAAGACCUAACGGUUUGUGAGCCACCAAAAGCCACCAGUGCCCUGCCACAGGACCCUGCUAUAGUUCAAUCAUCAAUUGGAUCCUCAAGUGCUACAGCACCUCCAUCAUUCCAGGCUCCUGGGUCCUAUGCACCUUUCAGCAGGGCUCCUGCCCCAUCAUACAGCCAGUUUGGUGUUGCACCCAUUGGUUCUCAACAGUUUGGAUCUACUGGAGCAGUUGGACGCACUAGUCCCCAGCUGGAUUCUAUAAGAAAGAGUCCCACCCUGGAACAGGCAGUGCAGGCCCCACCAUCAGCUGCCCCAGCUCCACCUGCACCUGUAGGACAGCGGAGUCAGACAGGAGCGGCGGCAGCUUCCAGAACCACCACCACUGGCAGCCAGAAGCCUCCAGAUCUCCUGGAGCAGAGAAAAGCUCCUGAGGUUCAGAAGGUAGCGCAGCCAGAUAAUGAACAGGGUACAGUUGAAAACCGGGAUCCCAACAAGCGCCAAGGUGCUGGCAUUCAGCCUUCUAACCGCCGCGGCCGUGGAAGAGGAAACCGCAGCAGAGGCAAAGUAAAUGUGCGCAGGGAUGGCACAGUGAAGUUUGAUGAAGACUUUGACUUUGAGACUGCCAACGCCCAGUUUCACAAAGACGAGAUUGACAAAGAGCUCCAGAACAAGCUCAAACUCAAAGAUGACAAAACUGAAAAGGCACUCAAUGGGGAGGAAUCGGAGCAUCCAACCAAUGAAGGUGCUGCUGAGGAGGAGGAGGCUGUGAUAAAUACCUGCUACUAUGACAAGUCCAAGUCCUUCUUUGAUAACCUGUCCUGUGAUGAUACCAGGGAUCGUAGGCCAACCUGGGCUGAAGAGAGACGAAUGAACGCUGAGACGUUCGGCAUCCCUCUGAGGCACAACCGAGGAAGAGGUGGUUUCCGUGGCCGAGGCUUCAUGGGGCCUCGUGGAGGCCGAGGGCGACCGGUAAGCAGAGGCUCCUUCGGACCACCCCGGGGUGCUCCACCUGGAUUCAGAGGCGGAUUCAGAGGUGGCAGAGGAGGCCGGGAGUUCUCUGAUUUUGAAUACAGGAAGGAGAACAAGGUGGCUGCGUAGUACUGCAGUGAUGGAUCCAAGAUGAAUGGUAGCCAGUCAUCAUGAAAUUAUAUUCAUCCUACAGAUUGUUCUCAGCAUUCAACAGACAGAAAAAAUGAAGACAUCUUGUUGGUCACCAGCACCACGGUGGACUGUUCAGGCAGUGAGAGUGCCACUCCCUCUCUCAACUUCACAAUGAGGUUUUUUGUUUUGUUUUUUUUGUUUUUUUGCCCCAAAAAUAUUAGUUUGAUAAGCAGUCACCGGAUGGACAGGAAGACAUGUAAAUAUACCAUGUUUUGGAAUUUGUUCUCUUAAUUUCUUCCUACAGUAUUGUUUGAUAUUGAAUGCUGUAUCCAGAGUGCCCUCUGAUACUGUGAGCAGAUCAGUCGGUGUGAUUGAUAGCUUUAUUUUUAUCUUUUUUCAGUUCCCCUCAACCCCGUUUGAUAUAUUUUUUGACACCAAAAUUCAAUGCAUCGCCAGUUGCACUUUUUUUUUUCUCUUCUCAGACUCAUGUGUUCAGUAUCCUUUCUCGACUUUAAACAUUUUAUUUUUCAUUAAUUCCUUCUCAAAUGUAGUGAGAUCAAAGCCAGCUGAAGAAGCAAAAAUCUGAGCUGUACUGAAUGUAUUCCCAUCUCAUUUUAUUCUUCCUGCUCCACAACAAAUUUAUUGCCCACCAAAAAAAAAACCCAGUCUCUCCUAGUUUUUAAGACGUGUACUCAGUAAGUAGAUCAUUCAGCCCUCAUAAAUCAGAUGAGUUCUUUCAGCUUUAGGUCGGCAGCCAUUCAUUUGAUAUAUGCAGUUUAUAGCAUUAGGUUUAGAUGUAUAUGUUGACUGCCGUAUUUUUUAUUAUUUUUUUUUAAGUUUCCUGUUAUUUGUACCUUUUUGAGGAAAUAUUCAUUAUUAGUAAAAUCUGUAGAAGGUUUUUUGUUUUUCCUGUAGGGAAGGACAACCAAAAAGGUUAAAACUGACAAAAAACCCAAAACAAUGUGUUUGAGCUAAACUGAUUGUCUGCCAGAUGUGUUAUCAUUUAAGUAUCUGUUAAAUGUCCCAAACAUGUGGAGUCAUCUAUUAAUUUUUUUUUUAAUCAGCUUCCUUUUGAAUUGUCUUACAGUGGUGUCCUCUGAAUUGUCGUUUCCUUCACCCUCCCUACUGUUACUACAGUCAGAUGUGUCAGAUUAUUUACUGAAAAUGGGAAAUAUUGUGGAUUAAAUGAUGUCUCAAAGCAUAUGUUCAAACAAAUGACAGCGAUGCUGAUAGGUGUCAGCCCUUCCAGCUUGUUUGUAGCAGUCUUGUUGCAUUGUGGUCAGUGUGAUUAUUCUCUGAAGUGAAUUUAUUUUUAUUGACUUUGAACAAAGGGACAAGAACUGGAUGUGGUGGGAUGGUUUGUUUCUUUGUUUGUUUUUUAUGUUUGUUUGUUUUUUUGCUCUGAUUUAGUGCUUUAGGGGAGUGCCUUUAGAGUGGUGGAUUUUUGUACAGCUCUCCCUUUAACUAAAAGGUUACCUUUUCAGACAAGUAUCAAUAGCACUACGAGGUGAAAUAGAUCCUUUCCUGUAGCUCUGGUUGUUUAGAACAGAACAGUUCAGGUGAAAGUGGGCCGUUUAACUGGAUUCAUCACAGACAGCCUAUCACUGCAUGAUAGUCGUAAAAAGCAUCACUCUAUAGGGGCUUUCUCAAUAACCAGCAGGAUUAAAUUUGAGACAAAAUAUUACUGAUCAAUUCACAACUGACAUGUUUUCAUAUGUUUGCUACUGCUUCCAGUCACUGGAAUUGUAAAACGGGAAUAGUUUUCUUGAGAAGCAAAAUGGAGUUUUUACGUAAAAUAAAGUUGUACAAUUUA